UGCGCUUGACCGCCCAACUGGGGAGUCUCAAUGGCUCCGCCCAGCUCAAGGCCCCGCCCCGUGUCCUCACCCCGAGCCCGCCCUCCCAGGUGGUUUAGCCCGUGCCGCCUACCCACCCCUAGUCCAGAGCCAGCCAGAGUGGGCGGGCCGGCGGAGGAGACACCAGCACCACCAGGAUGCCAGACGUGAAGGAGAGGGCGGCCCGGAAGGGGCACAGCGUGGCAGAGGGCGCCUCUCGUGAGUCCCACGCGGGACACACCCGGGAGGACGCGAGCAGCGCCCAGGGCCACCGAUCACGUUUGAUGGAUCGAGUUCAUGAAGUUUCCAAGGUGGAUCGCCACUCAGAAGAGAAGACUUUAUCUUCAAGCAGCCUGGAAGGCAAGGCCAAGGAGACAAUGCCCAGUGACUUUUGGGACCACCUGAAAGAGCAGCUGUCAUCUGUGCCCCCUGACUUCAGUUGUGCUCUCGAACUUCUGAAAGAGGUCAAGGAGAUCCUGUUGUCGCUACUAUUACCACGUCAGAGCCGCCUAAGAAGUGAGAUUGAAGAAGCUUUGGACAUGGACUUCCUACAUCAGCAAGCUGACCGAGGGGACUUGAAUGUCACCUAUCUCUCUAAGUACAUUCUCAACAUGAUGGUCUUGUUGUGUGCGCCAGUACGAGAUGAAGCUGUGCAGAGACUGGAGAGUAUCACGGAUCCCGUGCGGCUGCUGAGGGGGAUCUUCCAAGUGCUGGGACUGAUGAAAAUGGACAUGGUGAACUAUACCAUUCAGAGCCUGCAGCCCCAGCUACAGGAACAUUCCAUCCAGUUUGAGCGGGCCCAGUUCCAGGAGCGUCUCAACAAGCAGCCUAGCCUCCUCAAUCACACCACUAAGUGGCUGACUCAGGCUGUCACAGACCUCACCACCCCUCCUGCAAGCUGUCCUGACAUACCAGACUCCUCGAGUGCACCUGGCCCAUCUCCCAGUGACAUCGCUGCCCCAGAGCCACUCAGCCCUGCCAUGGUGCUAUCCCAGGGAUUCCUGAACCUUCUCAUCUGGAACCCUGAAAACGAAGAAGAGUUUCCUGAGACCCUGCUGAUGGACAGAACCCGGCUGCAGGAGCUAGAGUCGCAGCGGAAACAGCUAACCAUCCUUGCCUCCGUCCUGCUGGUGGCCAGUAGCUUCUCUGGCAGUGUCCUCUUUGGCUCACCCCAGUUUGUGGAUAAACUGAAGCGAAUAACAAAGUCCCUAGUGGGGGAAUUUAACUCCAGGCCAGAGGAGACCAUGUGCACUGUGAGUGAGCAGGUGACCCAGGAGAUCCAUCAGAGUCUUAAGAGCAUGGGCCUUGCCCCUCUGAGCAGUGACAACACCCCGUCUCUGAUAGCACAGCUCCAGAACAUUGCCAAGAAAGAGAACUGUGUCCGCAACGUCAUUGAUCAGCGGAUCCACUUGUUCCUCAAAUGCUGCUUGGUUCUUGGCGUACAGCGAUCCCUGACGGACCUUCCUGGGGGCCUGACACUUAUCGAAGCAGAGCUGGCGGAACUGGGCCAGAAGUUUGUCAGCCUCACACACCACAACCAGCAGGUGUUUGGACCGUACUACACUGAGAUCCUAAAACCCCUCCUCUCCCCUGCCAGGCCCUGACCUUGAGAGUGGUGGCUCUGACAGCAGGAGCUCAGAGCCCUGGCACCUUGGGCCCAGGAGAAAGACCCAUCUUCCUGGAGUGACAUCAAGGGUAACCAGCAGGGCAGUGAGUCCCCUCCGCUCCCCACAGCCAGCACACCUGGGCUGUAGCGAUCAAGCAUGUAGACACCAACUGGCCCAAAUCCGCUCCCCAAUAAACUCGUG